AUGGCCAUGGCCACCAGCGACUGGGCCUGCGCGUUGCUUGUGCUGCUCCCCGCCGUGGUCGUGCUCCUCCACGGAGAAGCCGCCCGCUCGUCGGCAAGCUUCCCUCUCGGUGGCGAGGCCACCGUGCGGCUGCCUCCGGCGCCGCACCAGCCGCGCUUCGCCGCGAGGGCGGUGGUGCUCGAUGAUGCCCGGGGCGAGCGGCAGCCUGGCUUCGUCGCGGCCGUGAGCGCGGAGGCCGCCCGCGCGGGCGCGUGCACGUGCUCGCUGGUCCUCUUCCUGGGCGGCGUCAAGGUCUGGGCCUCCGACCAUCUCGAGGAGUUCGUGGCGCGCGCACUGUGCCGGCUCGAGCUCACGGAGGAUGGCCAGCUGCGCCUGACGGACGGCGGCGGGAAGGUCGGGUGGCUGUCCGGCACGGCGGGACUAGGCGUGAAGGCUCUCCACUUGGAUGGCAAGACCGGCAAUCUCGUCCUCGUCGACGCCCAGAACCGCACGAUGUGGCAAAGCUCUGACGAUCCAACGGACAAAUUCCUACGCGGCCAGCACCGCAGACUGCCGGCGUACUUCGUCGCGUCCAUGGCCAACGCGAUGUCCUCGCCAUUCUACUCCUUGGAGCUUGACGACGACAAGAUCGCCGCCUACAUCCACAUCGGGUAUACGAGCUACACCUACUGGGAGCUCUCCCCAACAGCAAACCGGACGAUGGCAUCGGCAAGGCUUGACGGGUCGGGGCUCAAGAUGCUUGACGCGCAGGGAAUAGUGGUGGCGCAGGUCUCGCCGCCGGUUAAGAAGCCACCUCUUAGUUUCUUGGCGCUCGGCGGCGACGGCAACCUGGAGAUGUACUACUACGACGACCGUCACCGGAGGUUCAGGGUCUCGUACAAGGCGCUCGGCCUCUGCGAGCUCCCGCUCUCCUGCGGCGUCGGCGAGGUGUGCUCAGCCGCCGGGAAAUGCAAGGACUUCGCCGCGUACGCCGACAGGCCGGCGCGCGCCGGUGGCGCCCCCUGCUACGGGACCGGCGGCGGCGAGGUGUGUAUGGUCCACUUGAGGGCCGUCACCACGGUGCUCCGGACCACGUCGCCGCCGCCGCCGCUGGCCAACGUGACGCUGCGGCAGUGCGUGGCGCGGUGCGCGAGCAACGUCUCGUGCAACGCCGCGCUCUACGUGAAGGGCAACGCCGGCGCCGGCGCCGGCAACGCGGCCGACGACCACGGCGUGUGUUCGCACUACACGCUGACGGCGGGCGCCAGGGAGGUGACUGACGGGAGCCGGCGCCGGUACAGCUACUGGGUGAAGCUCCCUGCAGCCGGAGCAGGAGGAGGAGGAGAGGACGGGAACGUGCAGGACGACGACGGCGACAGUUCUACCGGCAUGCUCAGCAAGGUCCUGAUGAUCUGCGGGGCGAUCGACGUGGUGUGCGCCGUGGUGUUUGCGGUACUCAUGGCCAUGUAUUUUCUGCGGCUUCGUAGGCUCGCGGCCGCGGUGGACAGGGCCGUCGAGCUCCAACAAGGCGAGGCCGAGGGCGCCGGGGAGCAAAAUAGUUUUGACAGUUACGGGGCUGAACACAACUGA